UCAAAUAUCAAGCAUUCGAAGCUCCAAAACGCAAAAUCGAGUGGCCUUCAAUUCAAGAUCAAGCAUUCGUGAACUUGUGAACUUGAGCCAAGCCAAAGUUGCCGAGACAAGUCAAGUCCAAGCACAAACUGAAGAAUCCAAACCAAGGUUCGAACUGAAUGAAUGCUCAAGUUAAUUUUCUUGCAAGAAGAAUCGGAGGAGUAAAUAGAGAUUGUGCAUCAUCCCCCAAGGUCGAUUCGAAUUUCAAAUUUGGCACUAAUUUUCCUUUUAAGAAAAAUUUGUGUACAGGCGCAAUGUCCGAAAAGAGCAAGAUUCUCAUCAUCGGCGGCACCGGCAAAAUCGGAAAAUUCAUUGUUCCUGCCAGCGCUAGGUCUGGUCAUCCUACUUUCUCUCUCGUCAGAGAAUGCGGCCUUUCGAAUCCUGCGAAGUCGGAACUCUUUGAGAGUUACAAGAGCUCCGGCGUGACUCUGCUGUAUGGAGAUCUGUACGAUCACGAGAGUUCGGUGAAGGCGAUCAAGCAAGUGGAUCUGGUGAUCUCUUCGGUUGGCCACAUGCUGUUGCCGUAUCAAGAUAGGAUCAUUGCUGCCAUCAAAGAAGCUGGAAAUGUCAAAGUAAAACUCACGCAAUCUCUCCUCUUCUCCUUCUCAUUUCCCUCUCUGCUAUGCAAAUCCAAGUACUAUGAUAUAUAUCUAUAUAUAUAUAUAUAUAUAUAACUUAGAGAUGAUAAAGAGUGUUUAAAAGUGUAUGAAAGACCACAGAUGAUCAACAAUUUUGUGUUGCUAGAUCUAUGUUAAUUCAGCGAGGUUGGAUUGAAUUGAGUUUCUUUUCCAAGGAAAAAGUACCAUAAUCUACUCAA